UUGGGCCCACAGUGAAAACUGAAAAUUCGCUCGAAUCAGACGUGUGUGACGGAGCUCCGCUUUGUAUCCGAACCAAACCGAACUGCUAACUGCAACUUUGGCGCGACUUUUCGCGAAGUGAACAAGCUGAAGAAGCCAAGCGAAAUUAGAUGUGAAACUAGUGUGCAUGGCAGGCUGAAGAGAAAGAGAGAAAUAAGGUGCAUAUGUGCAGCAAGUGUAACGAUACCCAAUACCCAGGCUAAAGAAAAAAAAUAACAAAAAAACAUAAACACAAAUAAAACCCCUUAGUGGCCAGCAGCCAUGUCUACGAAACUGGAGCAGCAGCACUCGAAGCCCAUUCUGAGUCCAACUCGAUCCCUGGACGAAGGUUUCGAAAGUGAUCCGGAUCGGGUUUCCACCGAUUCGGAGCAUCAGACAAGUGGAACCACUGGCAGCAGUACCUGCAACAACAGCAGUGCAGCCAACAGCAGCAGCAGCAGCAACAACAACAAUGCCAGCAAGUUGGCGCAGCUCAGUUCGGCGGCCACUGGGGGCGCCUCAAAGGCGACGGCCGGAGCAACUGCAUCCACACCCAGUCCUUCUAUGGGGAACACCGGAAAUGUCAGGGGCGCCCUCACCUUGGCUGCCCCCCAGCUGCAGAGGCGGGAGUUCUUCAAGGAUCAGCCGAAGCUGCGGCAUCAGGCGCCGCCCCCGCAGCAGCCACGCCUCCAGUACCAAAAGCAACGGCAACCCCUGGUGCCCAGUGCUGCAUCCAGUGUGCACAACCAUAGGUUAACGUCGUCGCUGCAGGGCUCCUCGGCAGCUGGAAACAAUGGGGCGACCGGAACCGGAACUGCCAACUACCGUCGCGGACGUCGGCUGCACAUGAAUCCCCCUCGAAACGGGAUGCGUUCCCACUCCGUGGACGCCAUAUCGCGUCACAACCGCCACGGCUACGAUCCCAGUAGCCUGAUCCUGAAGCACGACGGGAAUGGCAACAUAAGCAGCAGCAAUGCCGCCGCCCCCACCCGCAUGCUGAACUACAAGGCCACGGGUGGAGGCGGUGCAGCAGGAGCCCCGGCAGCCGGACAGGCCCUGCUCGUCCAGCCCAUUUCCAGUGCCACUCUGUCGCCGCUGGUGGCCGCUGGCGUGGUCGAUGUGGUCGAGGGCGGUGGCUCCUCGCCGGUUAUCGCCUCGGCCACCCACAGCCUGUACACCUUCUAUCCGGCGGAGGGAAAUCUGCAGGUGUGGCAGACGGAGUGCGGCGACCUCACCUACAAGUCGUCCCGGAAUAUGCAUCAGCUUCACAAGGCGCCCGUGUGCUGGACACAGUCCAUUCCCAGGCAGGCCAGAAGGUAAGCUUUUGAAAUUUCCCUGCACGCUGGUUUGGGUUACGUAAGUUGGGCCAACUACACAACUAAGUUAAACUAAUGCAAAUAAUUGGACAGAUCGGGCCGGACCAACGCCCUGGUGGCCGUAAAGCUGAGUGAGGCCCAAAAUAAAAGUAUAGCGAAAAUCGUAACAAUGGGGCACUGACCGUUGCAGCCAAUUUCGAUUCGAAAUGUAAACGAUUUUCGUUUUAGUGGCUCUAGUGGCUGCAGUGCUUGCAUAAGUUUUGUGUGCGCAAUUCGGGCUAAAUAAGCCAGCGGAAUAAUAACGGCCGGCAUGGGUUAAUGAUGCGACAUGUUAGCCAACGGAAAAACAGGCAACCAGAGCAAACGAGACGAAAAAAAUGCGUCACGCUUACCGUUAGCAUGCCAAGGAAAAGUCCGUCGGCCCACGGGGGUUGGAAAUUGGGGUGGGGAAAAGCGGGGGCUUCACGGCUUGCCACGGAGAACGCACACGUAUGUAUGGCAAAACCCCUCCCUGGGGGGUCCCACUGCCACCGUAGCAUCCCAUCCCAUUCCAUUCCAUUCCACUCGAAACCAUCCCAUUCCAUACCAUCCCAUCAUGCAUUUCCACUCUCCCACGGAUCGGAUCGGAUUUUCCACCUCCCCGCCGCCCAGCAUGUGGUGCGCUCCCUUUUUGGCAAAUUUGGUGCAGUGGCAGCAAAAGCAGAGCGGCAGCGCCUUUCACAAAAUCUAAUCAGCAGGGGAGUAGGCAGCAGGGGUGCGGCGAGGGGGGAGGCUAUAGAGGGGCAGCCAACGGGGGGAGUGGUGCGAAAGGAAGCGAUCAGAGCAAUUUACUCAAGCGCAAAAUUAGCAACUGAAAAAAACUAGGCAACUAGUCAUCUUCUACAAGCAGAACAUUUAAUGCCCUACAACACACAAAGCACACUAAUAUUUUUAUUAAUAUUCUUUGCUUUCAAGAAGAGAUCCUUUCUAAGGCUAUUUAAACAUAAAAACUCUCUAAACAACGUUGAACAAUUCUCUACUACCAAGAAUUUGAAACCCAUAAAUUUCAAUUGUUAAUUGAGCCUAGUUCAUUCGAGCCUUGUUUACAAAACAGCAUAAAUUACAUAAAAUAAAAUAUUUUGAGAAUUAAGACUUAUUAAACGUCAUUAAUUUAAUGUAAAACUCAGAUAUUUAGAUUUCAAAUUAUAAUACUGAAAGAACGAUAAGCCAUCUAAGCCUUGAACUAACAGCAGUACCCCAAUAUAGAGUGUCAAAAAAACAAAACUGAAGCUGCGGAAAAACUGGCUGCUUGAUUUGACCAAGCCGACAGUGGGCGUUGUGCCGCAAAGAGAGCAGUGCGGUGCGGUGCGGGGCGGGGAAAAUGGAUAAAAGUCUUCCACCAACAUGGAAAUCUUGUUACGCUUGCAUUCAUCUCCAUCUCCAUCUCCUUCUCCUGCCGGGCAAUUCUAAUUUCGAAUUCCUCUGUGCGUGUGAGUUUUCCCCGGGAAAGACGAAAAUAGAAGGUGAGGAGGAGAGAGAUCCGCUUGCAUGAGCAAAUUUGAUGCCAUCUGUGUACAAUUAGCUGUCAAUAUUGCGCAUGCGCCACUUAUGCAAAAGAAGGCUCCCAUUCGCGGAGUAAAGGGGGAGCCUGGGGAGCCAUCGGUAAUGGCAGUCGGGGAGAAACAGCAAAGCAAACAAAACCGACUGCCGACUGACUCAUUUGCCCAAAAGAUUUUGCAACACGCAACACAAAGUCAACAACAACACACGCAACUUCGGCUGACCAAAUACAGUGGGACAGAGUUGACAUCUUAAGGGAAAAAUUGGAAAAGAAAGCUUUAGGUCGAAUGACCAGAAAUUAAAAAAUUAUACAAAUUUAAUUAUCUUUUAUAUUCUUAAUAUAAUUGUAUAUUUAUCUGUCAUAAGUCCCAACUUUUUUCAUCUUCUUAACAACCCAUACAAUUUAGUAAUAGUAAUACAAAUGUGUUGCAAUUAGAAGACACAUUUUUGCAUUGUAAACAGUUUUAUUUUUUAUACCCUUUUUUUAAACGGUACUUAAUAAACUAAAUACCACAGUUUCCAUUCGUAACUCAUGAUCAGCGCACCUCAAAUCGUCACCUCUCCUUCCCCUUCAACUCAGCCAAAUUUAUGCCUAUUGGCUCACACAUGAAGACAAGUGCAGCUCUGGUGUCGGACAUUUUGCAUAAAGACCCCACAGACAUUUAUAUAUACGGGUAUGCAUAUAUAGUUAUAGACCCGACGGACAGAUCCGUGGCCAGAAAAGAUUAGGCGGAGCCACUAAAUUCGUUUUUGUGUCGCUUGCUCCACAUUUGGUGCGUUGGGCAAUUUGAGAGGUGAAUGAAAAAUCCCGAGGCAACGGCACUCGAUGUGUGACACAUAUAUUCGGUUGCAAGUGUUGCUGUUAGCUGAUAUUGCUGCUGACUGCACACAAAAAUAUUUCUUAUAAGACUUGGUAUUUGUGGUAUUAGUUUUUUCUAUAUUAUUUGACUAUGCUGAGAAAAAGAUUGUUGGAAAAGUAAAUCGAAGGAGGUAGUGAUCUCUAUUUAAGAUCUUUUUUCUCUGUGUAGGAUAACAGGUGGCUUGGCCAAAAGCAUAGGCACAAAAGCGCGUGAGUCAGUUUAUUUUGAAGUCAUAGAUUUCUUCUUAUUUUCAACAACAAUCGAUGGACAAUGGGGCGUUCCCGUUCGCUUCGGUUGCAGGUUGCAACUGUUACGGUCGCCAAAAUUCGUGCGGGCCGUGUGCCUCCGGCAAGUGGCACGCUUCGGGCCAAAGUGAACGUGGCCCAAACGAGGCCCAGUCCGUUUUCGUGGAAACCUCUCGAAGGCAUUUCUCUAGGCUCUCGGCGAAGGUAAAUCAAUGUAAAGUGUGUCAGCAGUGUGUGAGCAUAUGGAGUGGGGACUGCCACUAAAAAUAUUAUAGUUAGUUAGAAAAACCAAGGUUUUCCAUAGAUUUUGCCCCAGAGAUGAUACUAUAUUAUUAUGUUUGAAAUAGAUUAAAACUGGAAUUUCAAACUAAAAUUAUCAUGAGCUCAAAAGUUUUUAAUAGCAACAAACAUUAAUAAUAAUUCUAUAAAUUUAUAUAAAAUAGAAUUUAUUAAAGACGUCUUUGUAAAAUUGCAAUAGAUAUCAAAAUAUAUCAGCUUAUUCUUAAAAUGAUUUCAAUUUUAUAUGUAUAGUAGAAAGAUACCUGGGAUAAGAACACCCACAAAGUUCUCUACAAUAAUAAAGCCCGAGUACAGCCUCCGAUUUGAACCUAUACCUUAAUGAGAACAAAAGAGCUCUUGGAUCCCCAGGAAAAGCCAAAUGGCCCCCACCUCUGGCCCAAUAAUUUUCCAAUCCGCCGCCUUGACAAGAACGCUGCAAAGAGCCCUCCUCCGCCGCAUUCCCUACAGAGAUUUACAGUUGGGCGGCCCGAUGAGUGGCAAAAGUCUUAGCCCGGGUGGUCCGCCGAGUAAAGUAUCUUAAGUAUCUCUGGCAAAUUGUACGAUCAUAACUCAAUAGCCGGGCCUCAUUAGGGACCCCCAAAAAACAGAGGAACGGAAAAAGCCAAGAGCUCCACUGAACCGCAGACAGAUCGUUCUGAGGAGUGAAGUGGCAAAGUUCCCUCGAUAGCAGCUUCGUGUGCAACAGUAGCCCCAAUCCGUUGAGCUGUUGAGCUGUUGAGCUCAGCUCCCCCGCAGCAGAAACACACACGCACACAUAAAGUCACUUACACACACAUGCUGGCGGGUAUAUUAGAAACAUUCUAACUAAUAGCCAAAACAUUGUUGGGUUUCCACUCAUAAAAUGGAUCUCAAUUUCCCUCGUUUUGGGGCAGGUGAGGCAGCUUGGGGGGUUCCCAAAACCGAAACACCGAAAAACCGAAACUGCUGCCCACGAAUCUCGCGUCACCGCCGACGGUCACGUCAAGCCGUGCGCGUAAUGAGCGUUAAAUUUGUGGCCCGCUUUCCAUCGGCCGCCUUCCCUCAGCAGCUUUUACUGAUCUUUUUUUGUUUCAGGGUUCUUUUUUUGGCUAACUUCUAAUCACCACAGAGCACGCUUCAUUAUUGGUUAAAUUAGUCACAAAACGGUUUCCGAAGAUGAGCUUUAAUUAUUGCAAAAACCACGGAAAGAAAGAAAGAAUCGACACUCCAAUACUUCCUAAGAAAAUAAGAGUAGAACAAGAUUUGGGCAUUGAAAUUAUUUAUAAAAAAUCUUUAAUUAAACAUUUAAAAAUCCACAGUAAAAAUUCAUCCUUGCUUUUAUUAUUCAGUUAUAUAAAUUAAAGAUUUCUACAAUUUAAAUACAUUGCAAGUCUCUCAAGCAAAAAGGGUACUCUUCAAAAAGAAAUCAAAACAUUCCUGAGAAAAUGCUCAUUUAACGUUAAUUCUGCGGUUUGAUCUGCCUGGCUAGAUUUUGUGGGGAAUGUGGGUCAGAAUAAAUUAUUAAUGAAGUGAAUUAUAAUGCUUCAAUUGCAGGCUUGGGCCCACUUUGGCUCAACUCCAGUUUAGUUUUCCCAAGCCUUUCACUGCCUAUCAAUAAAUUUCCGUCUGCGAUGGCAGGCGGCGAUAAAGACAAACGGCCUGCCAAUAUGAAUUAGCUAAGCGAAUUGGCCAUUUGGCAACUUGGUAAACAACUUCCAGGAGAGAGCAUCCCUCGGCCCUCCCCGCUCCCUGUCCACUAUCAUCAUUAUCAUUAGCACAAGUUUGCGCCCAAGUAAAAAGUUUGGGGAGCAGAAGGGGAAGCG